CUCCGCCCUGUCGUGGUUCCGUGUAAUUAACAUGGAAGUUGCCAGCUGGAUACUACUUCUAUAAAUUUAAAAAAUAAUAAUAAUAUUUACGUUUAUCAAAGGAAGUUCUAAGUGCUGAACACUAAUUAAUCAACAGUAAGUGAUUAAGAAGUAGCGAAAUGAUAGGCGAUAUGUGAAUUGCUGAAUGCUGUGGGUUCUCCGUCCAUCUCAGAAUUACAGUGUCCGCUGAAACACCCGAAGAAAAAUAAAUACACGUAAAUAACCAUAUUGCAAACAGCGCAUACGCAACGACAACAUAAUCCCUGCAUCAUCGCAUCUUAGAGUCGCCACACAUCUCAGAAAAUGCCAAAUCAUCGCCAGCGCAGGCACCGCAGGCAUCGUCGCCACGUGCAUCGGAGGCGCCGGCCUAACGUUCGCGUCGUCCGGGCAAAUGCGAUGGGGGAUUACGUCUCCCACUGGAACUGCAUGGUGGGCGUGGUCUUCCUCGGCCUCAUCUGGACGACGAUCGGGAUUGUGCUGAUGGUGGAGGGCCUCGUCAUCUCCGGGGUCGUCAACGUCGUCAUGGGCGGCAUUCUUUUCCUGUGGUUCAGCGUAGUCCUCUUCAUCGCGCACAAGAAAACCGUCACAAGCCAACGCCAGACGGACGGAAACGACGAGCAGCCCACAGCUCCUCCAGCGCCCGAGGACACUUCUGCUCCUGGCUACGUCAACGGAUCCUUCGACGUGACCGACGCUCCUCCUCCUUAUAAGGAAGUCGCCGACGCCCCUCCACCACCUUAUACCAUCGCCCUUCCUGAUAUGCAGAAUCAUCAUACUCCUUAUUGCGUUCCUCAAGUACAUACAGCUCAUGACAGGGGUUAUGUUGAAACUCCAAGUGAUGUAUAUUAUGUUGAUGCAAAUAUUCAAGGCAACAGCUAUGUAUAUCCUCAAGUACAUACAGUUCAUGACAGGGGUUAUGUUGAAACUCCAAGUGAUGUAUAUCAUGUUGAUGCAAAUAUUCAAGGCAACAGCUAUGUACAUCCUCAAGUACAUACAGCUCAUGACAGGGGUUAUGUUGAAACUCCAAGUGAUGUAUAUCAUGUUGAUGCAAAUAUUCAAGGCAACAGCUAUGUACAUCUUCAAACAAACUGUCAUGGCAACAGUUAUGUAGAUCCUUAUACAAAUAAACAUAUCAACGGAGAUAUAGAUCCUGAAGCAAACAGUUAUGGCAACAGCUAUGUGGACCCUCAUACAAAAAGUCAUGGCAACAACUAUGUAGAUCCUCAUACAAACAGGUAUGACAACGGAUAUACAGAUCCUCGAGCAAAUAGUCAUGUGGAUCCUAAUACAUAUAGUCAUGGCAACAGUUAUAUGGAUCUUCAUACAAACAGCCAAGUGGAUCCUAAUACACAUAGUCAUGGCAACAGCUAUGUGGAUCCUAAUACAUAUAGCCAUGGCAACAGCUAUGUGGCUCUUCAUACAGACAGCCAUGUGGAUCCUAAUACACACAGUCAUGGCAGCAGCUAUGUGGAUCUUCAUACUAACAGCCAUGGCAUCAGCUAUGUGGAUCCUCAUACACUUAUUCAUGGUAACAGCUAUGUGGAUCCUUAUGCAAACAGUUAUGGCAACGGAUAUGCAGAUCCUCAUGCAAACACUCAUUUUGGUUAUGCUGUGGACCCUCAUGCAAACAUCCAUGGCAGUUGUAAUGUAGAUUCUCAAGUAACUGGUAUAGAUGUGCCUAGUAACACUCACAAUGCAAAUAAUCAUAUAAGCACCUACAACGGAAAUGCUCAUGUCAGUACACAGCAUGUAGCUGCUCCUCAUAACGCAUUAAAUGUAGGUCGUCAAGUCGACAGUCACAACACCCAUUCACAAAAUCAUCAUAACGCGAAUAUUAAUGAAGAGUUCAAAAGUAUGGCCCGUCACGACACUGAAGAUAAGAACACCCAUCAACAUCCUGUUAAUCCCGAUGCAACUGAGCCUAAAGACUUUGCAACAUCUGCCAGUGAAAAUUUCGAGCGAUCUGCAAAUCCCGAUGCACGGAAUUCCCAAGCUUCUGACCAGCACGAGCAAGGAGAACUGGAUGCUGGUGCCGAAGGAAGGUCUGCGCAUGUCUCUAAGGAGGAGAACUGGUUAUGAUUUGAUACGUGUCGUGUUACUUGAUGAUACAUGCGAAUGAGAAAUCAAGUAUCUUUUAAGUAUUAUAAGUGAAUAAUAAGUAUUGCAUUUCACGUAAGCACGCACAUAUAUAUAUAGAGAGAGAAAGAGAGAGAGAGGGAGAUGAUAUGAUAUGAUAACAUUUAUUUACAGAACAGUGUACAGUGUACGUGCCCUGCAAAAAGCCAGGGUAAGAUACCAAAGCAUCUAUGCACUGGCUGUUCUUCUAUUUGUGUUGAGGGCCAUCAGUCAAACAUUAGUGUUGUAUACAUGCCUGAAGGGCUGUGCUAUUAUCCCUGUAUUAAAAUAUCAUCUGGCUGGUAAAAACACUUUUAUAUCACUAAUACUGUCAAAGACAAGACCAGUGCCUAUCAUAAAGUUGAUAUAAUCAACAAGUGCUAAUCUGUGAACAGUACUAUUUGAGUGAUUGGAUGCAGACUGUAUGCAACAGUAAUGGGUAAGGUUAUGCGACUGGGACGCGAUGCACAGUUUGCAGUGGUGAUAUGAAACUGAAGGCGAUAACUUUUUUUUUCAUUUGAUUGAGAGACAGCGGUAUUACAUCAUAUGGAUCUUCAUGGGCAAAUGUUAACCUGGCUAACUGAUUAACCCUGUCACAUAAUAAUAUUCCUAUAUGAGAGGGUAUUCAGUAUAGUGACACUUGAAUACCCCUUUCUUAUAGUUUAGAAAUUUGGUGAAAGAUAUUCCUAGUUACCAUGUUUUCUGGAUUAAAUGCAGUAAGCCUAUGGAGAGCGCCUUGGCUGUCAGUAAAGACAGCCAGGUGUCCCUGCUAUCUUUCUUAAUGGUAUGAUACGUGGCUACUAAUUCGGCAUCAACUGUGCUUGUCCAGUUGGAAAUGCACACACUUUCUUCAAGAUCUAUAUCAGGAAUUAGCACACCAAUCCCUGCUGCUCCAGCAGGAUCAAUGGAUGCAUCCCAGUAGAUUGCAAGUGGGGGCGUACAAGGAGGGGGAUGUAGGAUGCCAUCUAUAUAUUGCAAGUAGUGAGAUUUUAGUUCCGUUUUUUGAAGCCAUGGAUUUAGGCCCAAUUAGUUUAACGAUAUAAGCAUGUACAUGAGCUCUGUGCCAAAGAGCAAUAAGUACUGUAUUUGGAAUGUUAAUAGCUUCGUUGUUCCAUACAUUGAAGAAUAUAAUGGUAUGAGGAGUUUUAAUUUUUAAUUCUAAGGUGGACUGUAUGUGAUUUGAGUAUCGCGGCCGGCCAUACCUAACUCUAUAAUCUAUUUCAUUUGAUAGAGCAAUGGAGAUUCGUGGUCUGGGUAGAAGCUGCAGGAGUCUGAUGCUAAGCAUGGUGUUGCCUUGGGUGACACGACUAUGAAUAGAGGGGAGGUACAGAUCUUUCCUCAUGACGAGAACUUUAGCAGUCACUAGGCAUCAAAGUAUAAUUCUCAUGGCCUCAUUCUGUAAAACUUCAAGGGGUUUGAGGGCACUCGGUGGCAACAUACUAAGAAUUGGGCUUGCAUAGUCUAUCAUGGACCUAUGGAGAUAUACAUCAACUUUAGGACUCCCAGGAAGGCACCUGCAUAUCUAUUACUUAUGUAUUGCAAUGGCCUUAAACGCUCAAGGCAACGUUCCUUGAUGUUUUGAAAAUAUUCAUGGUAAAGCGAGGGUUGUGGGACAUGAUGUGGGGAGCAGCCCCCAUAACCCCAAGAUAUUUGUAAGUGUCAGUUCCUGCAAAAGUUUGUCACCUAACCGUGGAAAUCUGGAAAUAUGCCGAGUUUUGAUUGGGUUGAUUAUGAGGCAAAGGAACGUUUUAAUAAAUGUAUUUUAAUCAAA